UUGUAAUUCGAUUUGAAAAACAAGAGACAGAUGAGAUUAGACAAUGCUUUGUCAUUCUCUCACUGAUCGAUUGCAGCCAUGGCUUCGUGACUACGACCGCCUUCAAUCCUUCGCCGUUAUCCUCAUCUACAUUCAGAUUGGCUGCUCCUUGAUCGGUUCUCUCGGAGCAUUGUACACCGGAAUCCUUCUCAUCAACCUCGCCAUUUCUCUCUUCGCUCUCGUCGCCAUUGAAAGCAGCAGCCAGUCUCUUGGUCGCACCUACGCCGUCCUCCUCCUCUCCUCUCUCAUUCUCGACAUCUCCUGGUUCUUUCUCUUCUCCAGCGAUAUCUGGAACAUUUCUUCUGAGAAAUAUGGAGCGUAUUUUAUUUUCUCAGUGAAACUCACUCUGUCAAUGCAAAUCAUUGGCUUCUCUUUGAGAUUAUCGUCGUCACUAUUAUGGAUUCAGAUCUACAGGAUGGGGGCUUCACAUCUAGAUACUACAAUUCCAACAGACACAGAUUAUGAUUUAAGAAGUAGUUUUCUCAGUCCUGCCACUCCUGCUGUAGCUAGGCAUUCCUCAGGUUCUGAUGAAGUUUUAGGGGGCUCAAUCUAUGAUCCAGCUUAUUAUUCAUCUCUUUUCGAAGAUAGUCAAGAGAACAGGCUUUCAGUUAUGGUUCAGAACCAUCCCAUUGGUGGCAAUGGAUCAACUUCUGCUGCUGAUGUUUCUCCGUUGAAGCUAUCGAUGAGCAGGUCUUAUCAUUCUGUGGAUGGUCAGAAUCAUUCCAUUAGUGGCAGUUUAUCUACUUCUGCCGAUGCUUCUCCACUGAAGCCAUCCUUAGGCAGGUCUUUUCAGUCUAUAGAUGAGGAGAAUACAAGCGGCCAGCCUCAGCCGUUUCGAGUAUGAGUACGGCAAUAAGAUUCUUUAGUUUUUUUUCUGCUCCUCCGCCCCAUGCUCGUUGUUCAAGGUUUGUUUCCUUCACACAAUGAGGUGUGACUCCGGGGGAGCGGGCUAUGUACAGAACAGUUACAGGUUAUUAAGCGUAUUUUUUUGUACGAAGAUAGAAAGCUGCCGAUCAUGGUACGCGAGAAGAAGGAGAACCACAUGAUUGAUUUUGUAGUGUUCUACAAUUCUAUAAAAAUUAGACAAUAUAGUCUUACCACUAGAGAAGUGAUAUGACGCCAUCGUCAUUCUCACCAAAUUGUGGAUUGAUAUGAUGAUGCAAGUAACUAGACAAAUAACACAGGCACCAAGGAUAUCUGUUUUUCAACUUUGGUAAA